AAGUUCGCAAGAGAUGGCAACUACGCGAUUCGUUUUCACGGUCGUGAUUUUUCAGCUCGCAAUCUGGCGCUGCUAUGCGGUGAACGGGAUAAUCUGGAGCAAGCAACAGCAGGAAUUCGUACAAUUGUUUAGCAUCCCGCAAUUCGCCGCUCUUCAAGAGGAAAAUCUGUCUAAACGCCGGGCGAUGGAGAUGCAGGACAUGAGGGGAGAAAUAGUGAAAGCUGUGUAUCACCAGGAAAAGAAUAUGAUAAUGUUUUACGACAAUGAUACAAAGGUCACGGGAUAUGCCGGUGACAUGUGGAAUCUACUCGCGGAUUAUCUCAAUUUUACACUCAUUCCGAUAAAAACCACCGAACAAAAUGUCGGUGAAAGAUUGGAAAAUGGUAGUCUAAACGGUAUGGUCGGCAUGCUCGCGCGAAAUGAAGAGCAGGUAAUCUUGAGAACUGGAUUCUAUCUAAGUCGCAUGGACACCAUAGAUUAUACGACGCCUCUUUGGAAAAGCAGUUUUCAUAUUUAUGUACGACCGGAAUGGCAGUUCAAGAAUACAUGGGUAUUUACGCUAUUUUCAUGGAAAACGUGGUUUUAUACAGUAUUUCUGUUCAUCAUUUUAAGUUGCGUCGGCUAUUUUCUGCAGAAAGUACCGACAGACGAACCUAAACACAAAAGAAGAGGUUCUAUAAAUUUCAGUCUAGGCGAUCAUUUCUUCUAUUCGUUCACCAUAAUGAGUGCGCGAGGCUACGUACCUGAUGAUUUUUACAACAAGUUCAAAAUUUUGUCAUUGUCAAAGAGUAUAUUCGCAUGGCUAGUACUGUUAGCCUUUAGUUCUCAUCUUAUAUAUCGCAUGGCAAACAGAAAACUGAUGCUACCGUUUCAUGAUGUAGACUCUCUUAUUAACAAUACAAAAUAUAUUCUACUGGCAUUCCGUGGCAUCUUCCUCUACGAUUCCUUUAAAACAAUAUAA